AUGACUAAACAGGACAAGUCAACAGAAGGAAAUGAUGGCAGUGAUGACAAUGAAGAAGGCAGUGCAGUUGAGAAUGAAGAAACUGCCAAAGGAGCAGAUAAAGGGAGGAAGAGAGCAACACCAAGAACCAGAAGGCCACAUGCCAGAGGGAGAGACAGGCAUGGUGAUGAGGAGGAUGAGGAGGAUGAAGAUGGGACAAGGAGAGCUGGGCAUCGCCGGCACAGAAACCGUCGACGAGGACGAGCGGCUGGAAAUGAGGCCAGUGAUUCUGAUAUGGAACCUGCAAAGGCCAGGAAGAAUCAGGCAAACCAGAAAUCCAAGGAAGAUGAUGAAGAAGAGGAAGAUGAGAAAGAGGGUAAAGGUGGGAAAGGUAAAAAUGAGAAGAAAGGGGACAAAAAGCCUGAUAAAAAAGGUAAAAAAGAGAAGGCGAACAAGAAGAAAAAGGACAAAAAGAAAUCGGGAUCAGGGUCUGAUUCUGAAUCUGAGGAGGAGCCAAUUACAGAGGAGGAGUUGGCCAAGCUGAAAGAAGAGGUAGAAGAAAAAAAGAAACUCAUUGCCACACUACGAAACAAGCCAUGGAAGAUGAAAAAGAAGUUGUCUGUCCUGAAGGAAGCACAGCUUUUUGUUGAAAAGUUUGAAGGUGCUCUUGGAAAAGGAAAAGGAAAAAAAUUCUAUGCAUACAAAGUGAUGAUGACCAAGAAAUGGAUGAAAUUUCAAAGAGAUUUUGAAAAUUUUAAGACAGCCUGCAUACCCUGGGAAAUGAAAAUUAAGGAGAUUGAAAGUCAUUUUGGCUCAUCAGUAGCAUCCUAUUUCAUAUUCUUGCGUUGGAUGUAUGGAAUAAACAUGAUUCUCUUUGGAUUGACCUUUGGUCUUGUAAUGGUGCCUGAGGCUUUGAUGGGUAAGCCAUAUGGCUCUUUGCCUAGAAAAACUGUCCCGAGAGCUGAAGAAGCAACUGCUAUGAAUUUUGCUACUCUCUGGGAUUUUAGUGGCCUUGCACAGUAUUCUGUACUCUUUUAUGGUUAUUACAAUAACCAGAGGACAAUUGGGUGGCUCAAGUUCAGGAUGCCUCUUUCAUAUUUCCUUGUUGGAGUUGGGUCUAUUGGCUAUAGCUUUAUGAUUGUCACUCGAACAAUGGCAAAGAAUGCAAAUGAUGAUGGUGGUGGGGAUGACACUAGUUUUAAUUUCAGCUGGAAAAUGUUCACAAGUUGGGACUACUUGAUUGGAAAUCCUGAGACAGCAGAUAAUAAGUUUGCCUCCAUCACAACAAGCUUUAAGGAAGCAAUCGUGGAGGAGCAGGAGAGCCGAAAAGAAGAAAAUAUUCAUUUGACUCGAUUCCUAAGGGUUCUUGCUAACUUCUUAGCCCUAUGCACACUUGCUGGAAGUGGCUACCUCAUCUUUUUUGUUGUCAGAAGAUCCCAGCAAUUUGCCUUGGAAGGUCUGGAGAACUACGGGUGGUGGGAAAGAAAUGAAGUGAACACGGUUAUGUCACUUUUAGGAAUGUUCUGUCCAACUUUAUUUGAUGUAAUCAGUUCUCUGGAAAAUUACCACCCUCGAAUAGCUCUAAGAUGGCAGCUGGGAAGAAUCUUUGCUCUUUUUCUUGGCAAUCUCUACACUUUCAUUAUUGCCCUAAUGGAUGAAAUCAACCUCAAGCUGGAAGAAGAAAAGAUAGUCAAAUAUAACAUGACAAUAUGGGAAGCCAGCUUGUACAAUGGUACUAUUCCAGAGAAUUCAACUGCUCCUCCAAUACAGGUGGAUCCUGCUGAUGUCCCCAGAGGGCCGUGCUGGGAAACAAUGGUAGGACAGGAAUUUGUGCGCCUGACAGUCUCCGACAUGAUGACAACAUACAUCACAAUUCUAAUCGGGGAUUUUUUGAGAGCCGUCUUUGUGAGGUUUUUCAAUUACUGCUGGUGCUGGGACUUAGAGUAUGGAUUUCCAUCAUAUUCUGAGUUUGAUAUAAGUGGAAAUGUGCUGGGACUGAUCUUUAACCAAGGCAUGAUCUGGAUGGGAUCUUUUUAUGCUCCAUGUCUCCCAGCAAUCAACGUGUUCCGCCUCCACACAUCGAUGUAUCUGCAGUGCUGGGCAGUGAUGUGCUGCAAUGUUCCCCAAGAACGGGUCUUCAAGGCUUCCAGAUCCAAUAACUUCUACAUGGCCAUGCUGCUUUUCAUCCUCUUUCUCUCCACACUGCCUGCUGUGUACACCAUUGUCUCCAUCCCACCAUCUUUUGACUGUGGUCCUUUCAGUGGGAAGACUAGAAUGUAUGAAGUCAUAUCAGAAACUCUGGAGCACGACUUUCCUUCCUGGUUUGGGAAGGUAUUUGGUUAUGCCUCUAACCCUGGACUAAUCCUACCUUUUAUACUGCUGAUGGUCCUGAGCAUUUAUUAUCUCAACGCAACAUCCAAAUCUUACAAGGAAGCUAACUUGGAACUUAAAAAGAAGUUACAAACAAGCAGAAGAAAAUAAAAGAAGAAAUAA